AUGCAAAGUCGUCAGAGGAAGAUUUUGCGAAAUUUGAAUCGCAGCGACGUCGCCUCUUCUGACGGUGAAAUCGAAAAUAAGGUUCAAAAGAAGCGAAGGAGAAUCCGAAGGGUUGUCGAGCGGGCAAAUCCGAAUGCUCCCAGGCUGACACAGCAACUGGUUGCGCCACAUUUCGACAGUAUUCUCUCUGACCACGAUGCAGUUGAGGGUGAGAAAGUCGUGAUGAUGGUCACAACUCAAGGAGCACCACCUCCAGAUGUACGCUUCUAUCGCGACGGAAAGCUGAUCUCUGACAGCGACAAGUAUGAGAUCCGUCACGAACCAGAGCCCAUCUACAAGCAUUGGCUGAUUCUGAAGAACGCUAAGAAGACGGAAGAAGCAGAAUACGCUUGUCAAGCAGUGAAUCCCGCUGGAGAGGCUUGGUGUUACUCUGCAUUUGUAUAG